AUGACAAGUGUAUCAAGGCUGUUUCAAUUAAGCGGAACUUGCAACAAUUAUCCUUGGGGAAAGAGAGGGCACCAGUCACUCGCAGCCCAACUCUGCAAAAAGACACCUGGAACCGACUUCGCUAUAAAUGAUGAUGAGUACUAUUCCGAGUUGUGGUUUGGUGACUAUCCAGACUUUCCAGCGAGAGACUUGGAAACGGGACAAACACUUGCAGAACUCUUAAAAUCCAACGAGGAAAAAUUGCUUGGUUCAUAUGCAGUGGAGAAAUUUGGAAACAAUCUUCCAUUUCUACCAAAGAUCCUUUCAAUAGCCAAAGCUUUGCCGUUACAGAUUCAUCCAAAUAAAUCACUUGCGGCUAAACUUCAUGAGAAAGACCCAGAAAAAUUCUCAGAUUCUAAUCACAAGCCAGAGAUUGCGGUGGCUCUGUCGCGAUUUGAACUGUUUGCUGGCUGGAGAGAAUUGAGCCAAAUAUCUCCUAUGUUCAAUAUACCAAGUCUGCGGCGCUUCUUGCCUGAAGAGUCGAACACUUGGAAUGAGAAAACCCUCCGAAAUGUUGUCCGCGGAAUAUUGAAGGCAGAUGAACAGACCAUUCAAAAUAUCGAAAAGGAUCUGAGGCAACAAUCCCUAGAAGAUAUUCAAAAACUUGGCUAUCCAAGCUCGACUUUUGAAUUGAUUCAGCGCUUGCAAUCGCAAUACUCUGCUACAGACCCAGGGUUGUUGAUUGCAAUUUUAUGCAUGAAUUUCUUUGUAUUGGAGCCUGGUGAAGCAAUUUUCAUCCCAACUGAUGGUGUUCAUUGCUAUUUGUCGGGAGACAUUGUGGAGUGCAUGGCUCGUUCUAACAACAUGCUCAGUGGUGGCCUUUGCCCAGUUGCCGACCGCGAUAAUGUUGAUCUCUUCUCCGAGACCCUAAAAAUUGAUUCAAGUACACAAGCAGAUAAUCUGAAGUUACCGGCAAAGCCAAGUAAGGAUGGUGCCAGUGGGUAUACAAUGGUGUAUCAACCGCCCAUUGGCGAGUUUGAUUUGAUUCGCAUCGACAUGCCGGCUGGAAAAGAUGAAUUAAUUUGGAAUCACAAAGGCCCGACUGUAGCCAUUGCGAUUUCUGGGGAGGGUGUCGUUCUAGGCGAUGGAAAGGAGCUUGCUGUUAAACCCGGGUUUAUCUUCUUUAUUGCGGCAGCGACUAAUACGAUGAUAAGGGCUGAUACUGCCCUACAGAUUUUCGCUGCUGUAUUACGUUAA